UGUACAUCACGUGUAUAACCUAUUUCUUCAAGUUAUCUUUAAUUUAUAUAUAAUUAAAUUUUAUUCGUUCUAAUUUAUCAACAUAUAUAAUGCCAAAAGUUCGUACACAGGUUACUUCCCGAAUUCAUAAGGAAGUAGCGAGACAAGGAAUUUUAUUCCAAAAGGAUAAGGGUCAGCAUAUUUUGAAAAACCCUUUAGUUAUUCAAAGUAUGGUUGAAAAAGCUGCGCUCAAACCGUCUGAUAUUGUACUGGAAAUCGGUCCUGGCACGGGUAAUAUGACUGUAAAAAUGUUGGAAAAAGCGAAAAAGGUAAUAGCGUGCGAAAUUGAUCCAAGAAUGGUGGCAGAAUUACAAAAGCGCGUUCAAGGAACCGCAUAUCAAUCAAAGUUACAAAUAGUGGUUGGGGAUGUGCUGAAAUCGGAAUUACCUUUUUUUGACUUGUGUGUCGCUAACAUUCCAUACCAGAUAUCAUCGCCACUAAUAUUUAAAUUACUUUCACACAGACCUUUUUUCAGAUGCGCCGUUCUUAUGCUUCAAAGGGAAUUUGCAGAAAGAUUAGUGGCUAAACCCGGUGACAAAUUAUACUGUCGCUUAAGCGUUAACACGCAACUCUUGGCACGAGUAGAUAUGUUGAUGAAAGUUGGAAAGAAUAACUUUAGACCUCCACCUAAAGUAGAAUCAAGUGUAGUGAGAAUUGAACCAAGAAAUCCACCACCUUUAAUUAAUUAUCAAGAAUGGGACAGUUUGACACGGAUUGCAUUUAUCAGAAAAAACAAAACGUUAUCCGCAGCUUUCAAACAAACCACAGUUGUGACUAUGUUAGAAAAAAAUUACAAAAUUCAUUGUAGUUUGAAUAACAAGAUUGUCCCAGAUAAUUUUGAUAUCAAAGCAUUGAUAAAUCAUAUACUAAAAAAAGCAGAAGCUGAAAAGAAACGCGCCAGGACUAUGGAUAUAGAUGAUUUUAUCAGCCUUUUACAUGAAUUUAAUGCAGAAGGUAUGCAUUUUACAUAAGUUAUAUUAAUUAAAAUAAAAUUUGUUAGCAAAUUAAACAUUUUUAUAAAGGAUUCAUGAA